AUGGGUUUGUUUAAGCCAAUUCCAUUUUUUGUUUUGCUUUUGUCUAUAAUCAGUUUUGCAUAUCAAGAAAGCAGCAGCACUCGAGCCAGGGCAGUGCCGGCCCCCUUCUUAUCUCCUCAACAAGUGAAACACUCGAAGGCUUUUUCUACUCUUGGGAUGGUUUGCCAGUGUUGUGACGGUGAAGGAAGCUCCAUUGGUGGUGGAGAAUGUACAAAUUCAUGGAUUGGUUUUGCAUAUCAAGAAAGCAGCGCCACUGAAGCCAGGGCAGUGCCAGCCCCCUUCUUAUCUCCUCAACAAGUGAAACACUCGAAGGCUUUUUCUACUCUUGGGAUGGUUUGCCAGUGUUGUGACGGUGAAGGAAGCUCCAUUGAUCGUGGAGAAUUUGACCAAUUUGGAAGGGACAGUGGCAGUUUAGGGCACACAACUAGAAUGAAGGCAGUUUAUCUAUGA